AUGUUAUCACCAAAAUAUUCAAAAUAUUUCCUGAAACUUUUAAUAAUAAGUUCGAUAUCUCAUGAAUUAGUAAAUGCUCAAAAUAAUAGUACUACAAAUGCUCAAAAUAAUACAAAUACUCAAAAUAAUAAUACUACAAAUACUCAAAAUAAUACUACUACAGACCUUUACAAUGAAGACCCAGUUGGAUUCCUAAGUGUAGUCAUAACUGGACACGUCUGUAUAUUCCUCUCCGCAGCUUCAAUUUUGUUUUUGCUCAAUAGAAUUUAUUAUAGGUGGGUGAAUAAGCGUAAAUCUUUAUCGCUGGCCCUUAGAGUACCCUUUUACCUUGGCAUGUUAGCCUGCCAAGGUGUUGCUGUUUCAACAAUUGCAUUUACACACUUUCAUAGAUUAAUUGCCGCUGGUAUUUCUAUAAUUACAUAUUACAGAAUAUGUAAGCAAAAAUGGUAUGAUACUGGUAAAUAUGAUUGGAAAUUGUUUUUACCUUCGGCCAUAGGAGGAUCAUUAGUUGCUGCUAUUAAUUUAGCAAAUUAUGGCUCUGUUGUAUAUUGGUGUGCUGCAAAACCAAAAACAUUGAUAACACCGAUAUCUUCUAUUGUUAUGACAAUCGUCGUAUUCGUCAUUUGCCUAUUUUGUUACAUAAAAACCAUUCAAGAAAUACACGCCAUCAAAAAACAACAUUUAUCAUAUAUUGAAGAUCGAAAUACUUCAAAACAUCCUAUAAAUGCUGUUGAAAUUAAGGUCAUCAUAAAAGUUAUGGGAUACAUACUUGUGUUUAUGAUACAAUGGAUUCCUGUCACAUUUUAUGAUAUAUAUCAAUUAUUGGGAGUAGCCCAACCUUGGGUUUAUUGUAUGGCUAUUAUUUCAACUAACAUAGGGUCAAUUGGAAAUACAAUAUUUUUUAUAAUAAAUGAAGGUUUUCGUCAUAAAGAUAAGGGUGAUGAUUCCUCAUCCAUUAGCAAUAUUAAAAGUGAAAAUUUAGAUUAUUGCAAUAAUUCCACAACCUAUAUCAAUAUUAACAAUAGAAAUGUCAGCUAUAGCAAUAAUUCUAGUACAAUCUCUACCGAGAAUAAAUCUCGUGAGGUUGUUUCUGUUCAUAGUUGUUAA